CAAACCUAUUGGAUUCUUCAUCAACCACAACUUGCAUUCAAAGAGUUAUAUGCACAUCUCUUCCGUUUUCCAAUCUAAAAAAUCUUUUCUCUAGAUAUAAUGAUGAACACAAAGAAGCUCUUGAAGAUGGCCAAGAAAUGGCAACAGAGAGCUGCCUUAAGCAGAAAGAGAAUCUCAUUUGAGAGAUCAGUAGCUACUACUAGCAGCUCAACCCCUGCAGAGAAAGGCUGUUUUGUGGUUUACACAUCCGAUAAAAUCCGCUUUGCGUUUCCAAUAAGUUACCUGAGCAACUCUGUUUUCCAAGAGCUCUUGAAGAUAUCUGAAGAAGAGUUUGGCCUCUCCACGUAAGGACCAAUCACGUUGCCAUUCGAUUCGGUUUUCUUGGAGUAUCUAAUCAAACUGAUCAAAAGAAGAAUGGAUAAAGAUACAGAAAAGGCUCUGUUGAUGUCAAUCUCUAGUGCUAAGUGUUCUUUACAAUGUUCUUUGCAACAACAAGAGCAGAGUACUCAACAAUUGCUUGUAUUUUAGAGUUUCUUCAUAGAAGAUAGAUUUUUUUGUAAAAAGAUUCAGAUAUUUUUAUACUUUAUACAAGACAAACAUUACUACUA